AUGGCUACCGACAUCAAGCAGUUUGUUGCGGCCUCUUUCCGUAGCCAGUCUGAAGACAUUACACGCCAGCUGAACGACCUGAAAAGAACCAACAUGAUGUUGUGCACUCGGAUGAACCCACAGAUCUCCUCGACUGACACCAACAUCCAUACCAACUGCAGACAGGGAAGCAUAGAAGGUGUGCGAUACCUCUUAUCUGAGGGUUUGGCUGAUGUCAAUACCAGAGGGAAGAACGGGAGGACGCCAGUCAUGGUUGCCGCCUGUGACGGGAACAGAUCAUUGUGCCAGCUUUUGGUGAGGAAAGGAGCUGAUCUGCUACACGUGGAUGAUGACGGCAACAACGUGCUUCACGCUGCCUGCCUUGGGGGUGACUUCGAAAUGGUCAGAUAUGUUCUGAAAAUCGCCAUUGUUGACAUCAACAGCAGUGGAAUGAACGGCAGAACUCCAGUAAUGUUGGCGGCACGAAAAGGAUUUAAGAACAUAUUUGACCUACUCGUCAACACAGGAUGUGAUCUGACACAAGUCAGCGAUGAUGGGGACAAUAUUCUUCACCAUGCCUGUUUGGGAGGCUAUUUGGACAUUGUGAGGUAUAUCCUACAUGAACACAUUGUGGACAUCAACAGUCGGGGGGAAGUAUGGCAGAACGCCAGUGAUGAAGGCAGCAUGGGGUGGCCAUAA